AAUCAAUCAUUAGCCGAGCAAAGCGCGGCUGCUUAGCUUAUAAGAUCAGGUGGCACUCCUCGCCUAAGCACGCCCAAACCGCGCCAUCUCACUCACCAACCAAGCAAAGAAGAAGCAGCUUAGCUAGCUAGAGAGAGGAGCUUGCUAGCUAUUCGUGAUAGUAGAUCAUCUAGCCAUGUCGGGGAAGGUGAGCGACCCGGGUUCCGCGUGGUUCGGCGGCGGGGAGAGGAGCUCGUCAGGCGCCGGGCCUGGCCGCAACGUGCGGCUCGUCGCCACCGCCGUCGCCGCGUUCGUGUCCGUGCUCGGCCUGGCCCUCUUCCUUCACCUCUACGUCUGCCACGUCCGCCGCCGGAACCGCAGGCGCGCGGCGGCUGCGGCGGCCGCGCUGCCGGCCGCGGCGGCGCCGAAGGUCGGGCUGGACCCGUCGGCCAUCGCGGCGCUGCCGACCGCGCCGUACGGGAAGGUGGGCGACGCGGCGGGCUGCACCGAGUGCGCCAUCUGCCUCGGCGCCAUGCAGGAGGCGGACGCGGUGCGCGUGCUGCCGGCCUGCCGCCACGUGUUCGACGUCGCCUGCAUCGACCAGUGGCUCGCGUCCAGCUCGUCGUGCCCGGUCUGCCGCGCUGGGGUGGAGCCGCCGCCGCAGCCGCUAACCGCGGAAAGGUGCGUGCACGUGAAGCAGGACGGGGUGAAGGAGGAGGUGGCGGCCGGUAGCUCGGCACCAGCACGGGCGCUCGGCGCGUCGCUGAUGAAGAUGCUGAGCAGGGAGAGACCGUCGCCGAGGAGGCAGCCGGGCGUCCACGCCGUGGAAAUGGAAGACUUGGAGAGCCAGCUGCCGCGGCCGCCGCCGCAGCAGUUACAGCAUUAGCAAUAGCAUGCUGCGAAUAAUCAGCGUGCCAUUUUUAAGACCUUUUUUUUUCAUUUUUCGCUUCAUUUUGUACACCAAGCGUUUGUGUUGAUUCAAAAUGAAGUAUUAACUACUAGUAAACUACAUAAGCGUGUAAUUUUUUUCGUAUUUUUGGAGAACUUAAAUACGUUCUCAAUUAGGCGUUGGUGCUUGUAGGUGUGAAAGGAGCAGACCCGUCUCUCUUGUUGUUUGUACAAAGAAGGGAAAGUGGAUAAAGCUCUGCUGGAAUUCCUUUAUGAAAAGCGUUCCCCUGUUCAAAGCUUGUUGGGUGAGGAGGAUUUAACAAAUUGGUCAAAUGUUAUAAAUGUUAAGUUUUGUAAAAACCAACAUAAACUGGGACGGAUGGGAGUAGGAUUUUGUGGUUCAAUGACCUUUUGUCUCAAUCCUUGUAAAAUUUUGAACUGCAAACUGCAUUAUCACGGCGACGACACCUUACAAGUAAUCCAAUCACUCAGGGAGAUGAGAACAGAAGAUGAUGCUGAAAAAGUAGAUACAGUAUUCCCAGGUCA